AUGACGAAUGCGUACUACAGUUGUUUGUGCGGUAGAAAUUCGAGCAGGCGCCGCAGCCCCGGUCCACUUAGUGCAUGUACAGUUAGGUUGUGUGGAGUCGACGACGACGGCGGCGGCGUAUCGGUAAACAAUGCCAGUGACAUUGGCGGUAAGAAAGGAAGAGACGCUUUGUGCAUAGUAAUUUCGGAAGAGCCCAUUGCGCCAACGCACCAAGGCACCACAAAAGUUGGCAAAAGGAAACGGAUUGUCCCCGUCAUGGGGCGCAGCUUCACCCUAUGGUUCUCUAUAGCAUUAGUGCUAUGCGCGUAUACAGGAGCAUCUCCACGUGGAAGCGUGACUACCUUCCAAAGGAGUAUCGUUGAAACGAUACCAGAACACGAUCCUUUAGCCGCACCAAUACGUGCAUCUGUUGAAAGUAUACCAUUAAGGAGUAUUCGAGAUGAAGGAGAUGAAAGGCUGCCAUUACGUGACGCAGUGGAGAAACGUCCGAUAUCGCUCAUGGAGCCAGACAUUUCCUUCAAAUUACUCGAGGAUGCUGAAGAUAUUUCUAAUGGGGAGAAUUUUGGUGAAUUCAAACAAUACUAUGGAGCUGCCAGUUAUUUAAAUAACACCCGAACUGAUGAAAGACUACAGCAGGGAAAUGCCAAUUUGCAAGAAAUGCCACUACCAAUGAUCGGUCCAACCACCCGUCGCCUAGUGGUGUGCUAUAUGCAGUCCUGGGCAGCGUAUAGAGCACCGCCACUAGCGUUUACUGCUGGGCUCGUUCCACGUUCCUGCACACACUUACAUUAUGCAUUUGCAACUAUACAUCCACAUACGUAUGCUGUAAUUCCUAAUAAUGAGGACUACGACCUUGUUAAAGGUGGAUAUCGCAUUGCAACCGGUUUAAAAAAUCGUAUCCCUGGAUUGAAAGUAAUGAUCAGCGUAGGGGGUGAAGGUACCGAUCGCCUUUUUAGCGAAAUGGUUCAAGACCCUAUCAGACGAAGCACGUUCAUCGAUAGUGCUCUCAACUUCCUACAGGAUAACGAUUUUGAUGGCCUCGACCUCCACUGGGUAUAUCCAGGAGAAAAAGACGAAAAAGAAAGGGAUCUACUAACAGCUCUACUUUACGAAAUGCGUGAGAAGUUCACAUCUUAUGGACUCCUGCUUUCUACUGUUCUGCCUCCUGACAGGUACCAAAUAGAAGAUGGCUACGACCUAAGUGCUGUUAGCGGUGUAACUGAUUACACGAUAUUACAAGCUUGGGACAUGACACAUUCCAAACGCGAUGAGCCUCCAUCCAGAGCACUUCAACAUAGUUCCUUGCAUAAGGACCCUGGAGCAGCUUCACGUGACCAGCGUUAUGAUAAUAUUGAGUUCAUGGUGAAAUUCAUUCUUCGUCAUGGAAUGAAUGCUGAAAAAUUGGUACUUGGAAUUCCCCUGUUUGGCCGUAGCUACUCUCUAGCACCUUCAACUCUGCCAGCUCCUGGAGCUUCAAUAAGCGGGUGGGGUGAUGAAGGACCCUACACACAGACCAGAGGAAAACUAGCCUUCUUUGAAAUAUGCAUGGCAGAUCGUGAUGAAAAAGGAGCAAGCAGUUCAGACGAAGCGGGAAAUGCGUACGCUGUAUUUGAUAAUCAAUGGAUAACUUUUGAUACUCCGGAUACAGUUUUUGAAAAGAUGAAGUUCGUCAUAAGUAAAGGGUUAGCAGGAGCAGCAGCUUGGUCUAUCGAUAUGGAUGAUUUUCGUGGGCUAUGCGGCCAACCGUUUCCAAUACUAAGUGCUAUUUCAACGACGCUGAAUGGUCAAGCUGUAACAACCGAUCAAUCAUCAUUGAAAAUUGGUGCUUGUGACUCUGAGAGGGCCUACCUGGCAUCUGAUGAAGACUCGUGUGCACACUUCCAUUUCUGUACCGGCGGCAUUAGUUACAGGAUGGUCUGUGAGGAUGGACGUCUUUAUGAUCCCUCCACAGGCUUCUGUGGCCACCAAGAUGUAACAAAAUGUAUGCCAGGACAAGCUUUAAGAAUUAGCGUCGAAGAUGCAGCUCGGUUUCUGUCGCAAGCUUAUGAAAUUGACUUCGAAUGGAAUGAUGGUGGCGUAAAAGAAAUCACAUCAAGUAGAGAUCCUGAGCGAUUUGUUGCUAAGUGGGAUGGCAAAAAAAGUAAACAAAGCGACAAGCUGGUUGUAUGUUACAUGACAAGCUGGGCCUUUUACCGACGCGGUGAUGGCAAGUUUGUUCCAGAAAAUGUGGAUACCAGACUCUGUACUCACGUCGUCUAUGCUUACGCGUCUCUAUCACCAGUCGAUCUCAUUGCUAAGGAGUUCGAUCCUUGGGCGGAUUUAACUAACAAUCUUUACGAGCGUGUAACGUCUCUGAAAGAUGUCAAAGUUCUUCUCGGUUUAGGAGGUUGGACAGAUUCCGCAGGUGAUAAGUAUUCACGCCUAGUAUCAUCAGCAGCAACUCGCAGCAAAUUUAUAGAAAACUUGAUACCGUUCUUGCUCAUGCACAACUUCAAGGGGUUACAUUUGGAUUGGAAUUAUCCUGUUUGUUGGCAGAGUAAUUGUAAAAAGGGCGCUGUUUCUGACCACAGCAAUUAUGCAAAAUUCGUGCAAGAAUUAUCGAAAUCGUUGCACGAUGCUGGCAUGGAGCUUGGAGUAGCCAUAUCUGGUUAUAAAGAAGUAAUUGAAAGUGCAUAUGAUCUGCCGGCGUUAUCAAAUGCUGCAGACUUCCUCAGUACCAUGACAUAUGACUAUCAUGGGGGCUGGGAGAGAAGUACAGGACACCAUACACCACUAGUACCUCCGCCUAAAGAACCACUUACGUAUUAUUCGAUCGAAUAUGCAGUGAAAGCGUUAAUCAGCGGUGGAGUGGAUCCUAAGAAAUUGUUGCUUGGCUUAUCUUUCUAUGGUCAAUCGUACAGCUUAUCUGACAUGGACGGUGUUAAAGGCCCAGGAUCAGUUGCCACAGGACCUGGUAAGCCGGGCGAAUUCACGAGACAACCCGGCAUGUUGGCUUACUACGAAAUAUGCUAUAGAGUUAAUAAGUUAAGAUGGAAGACUGGUCGUCAAGAAAACGCAGGACCUUAUGCUUACUCUGACAAUCAAUGGGUAGGAUACGAUGAUCCAAAAUCUAUCACCGAAAAGGUGGAAUGGGCUCUUCGACAAGGCAUGGGCGGAGUAACCGCAUGGGCAAUAGACUUGGAUGACUUCGGUAACCGUUGUUGCGCAGAACCUUCACCACUGUUACGCGCUGCUGGUCGAGCCCUUGGCCGUAGCGUUCCAUCACCACCAACUAAGGCCUGUGAGCGACCACCUGAACCCGUCACGCCACCAGCCCCUACCACAACUACUAUUGAGUCUGAUGGUUCUCUAGGUGGUAGUAGUGGCAGCCAUGACCACCACACUUCAACAUGGCCUAGCUGGAGCCCAUCUACCACAACACCGAGCACCAGCCAGACAUGGUGGCCGCCAGCUACAAAACCCAUAACUACAACUACUACUACUACCACGACUACCACCACCACAACAACAAAACGUCCAACUACUACAAAACGACCUAAUGCAGAUACAGGGAGUAUAGAAGGAUCACCAUGUACUGCCGGCGAGUAUCACUCUGCUCCUGGAGACUGCGAAGGUUAUUUACAAUGUGAAGGUGGGCACUGGCGUAAACAUCGGUGUGCUCCUGGACUUCACUGGGCAACUUCCGUCAAUCGUUGUGACUGGCCUAGCUUUGCUAAGUGCACAGAAACAACUAGCAGUGAAGCUAGUAUAGCUACGACCACACUAGCCCCAAUAACCUCACGCCCACCGCCGAGACCGACAACCACCACAUCAACCACCACUACCACGACACAGCGCAUAGCAACCAAACCUUCUACAGAUGCACCUCAAGUCGAUGAAAUAGAUGACGGACCGACGAACGGUUCACCUUGUGUUGGCGAACAAUAUAGUGCUGUAGCAGGCGACUGUAACGCUUAUUUACACUGCGACGGCAGCGUGUGGCGACUACAGAACUGCGCGCCCGGCUUACAUUGGAGCAACGCGCAGAAGCACUGCGACUGGCCUAAGUACGCCAAAUGCGAAGUGCCAAAAUCUACCACUGGUGCACCUAAACCGACAAGACCUAUACAACCUUCACCGACAACUACUACAACAACUAAAACACCACCGUCAAAUUCCCCUCAAGAAGGAUCAGAGUGCGGUGGCAACGAUGUACACGCUUCGGCCUCAACUUGCGACGCCUACCUACUGUGUGUGAGUGGACGGUGGCGCAAGCAACUCUGUCCACCUAAACUGCACUGGGACACGCGUACCAAGCGUUGUGAUUGGAUGGAAUUCGCCAUGUGUGAAGUUGGUACACCGUCUAAAUCACCGAUGCCGCAAACAACUACUACAACCACAAAGAAACCCACAACCCCCAGGAGAACAACCACAACAACUACCACUACUACUACUACAACUACUUCUACCACCACAAAAAGGCCGGCCACUACCACUAAGAAACCUAUUGUGGAUCAAGCACAAGUUCCUAGCAAGGGCUGUACGACAGGCACUUACCACCCACAUCCAAAAUGUGAGAAAUUCUACGUGUGCGUGAAUAACAUGUUGAUCACUCAAAGCUGCGCUCCUGGAUUAGUAUGGAGACCUGACCAUUCUCAAUGUGACUUCCCUACUGCAAGUUCAUGUACUGAUAAACGACAAACCAUUUCAUCCGACAUAGAUAACAGCAACUCACAGUCUACUAUGUUACAGAUCCAAGAGGCACCACCCAAAUACUGUGAAAGUGGUGCCUACGCUCCUCUAACAACAGAUUGUACGCGCUAUCUUCAUUGCUUAUUCGGCAAAUUCGAGGAAUUCGCUUGCAGUUCUGGAUUACAUUGGAAUCAGGAAAAGCAAAUAUGUGACUGGCCCAAAAACGCUCAAUGUAAACGAAGAUCUACAUCAACGACUACUAGUACCAGCACUACAUCUACUUCAAAGCCGAUUCUUAUGGAUGAAAUCAAAUUUCCAAACCACGGAGACAGCGAACAUCAUCACAGUGAACAUGCGUAUCCUAAGCCGGACAAACCAUUUGCAUUGCCAUCUUACGGGACUUUACCUGCGCUAAGCUCAAAACCGGCAUUAUUGAACUCCCGCUAUAAACUAAUUUGUUAUUAUACAAAUUGGUCUUGGUAUCGACCUGGUAUCGGUAAAUACAGCCCAGAAGAUGUUGAUCCUACUCUUUGUACCCACGUCAUAUAUGGAUUUGCUGUUUUGGAUGACGAUGGACUCAUCACGGCUCACGACUCCUGGUCAGACUUUGAUAAUCGAUUCUACGAGAGAGUUGUUGAAUACAAAAGGUAUGGUAUCAAAGUAUCUCUAGCUAUUGGUGGUUGGAAUGACUCAGCAGGAGACAAAUACUCCAAAUUGGUGAAUGACCCCACAGCUCGUGCACGAUUCGUGAGACACGCAGUAUUAUUCCUUGAGAAAUAUAAAUUCGAUGGUUUGGACCUCGAUUGGGAAUAUCCCAAGUGUUGGCAAGUCGACUGCUCAAAGGGUCCCGAUUCUGAUAAAGAAGCUUUUGCCGAUCUGGUUCUUGAACUGUCUGCUGCAUUUAAACCUAAGGGCCUGCUCUUAUCAGCAGCAGUGUCACCUAGUAAGAAAGUCAUAGAUGCAGGCUAUGACGUGCGAGUGUUGGCAAGACAUCUUGACUGGAUCGCCGUGAUGACAUACGACUACCAUGGCCAGUGGGACAAGAAGACUGGACAUGUCGCUCCGCUCUAUUAUCAUCCCGAUGACGAUAAUACUUAUUUUAACGCGAACUACACCAUGCAUUAUUGGAUAAAGAAGGGAGCACCUCCACAUAAACUUGUAAUGGGAAUGCCAAUGUAUGGACAGACAUUCACUUUAGACAAUGAUUCAUCAUAUUCCAAGGACGCACCUGGUCUGAACAGCCCCGCUUCUGCUGGUGGUGAAGCUGGAGAAUAUACAAGAGCUAAAGGGUUCUUAUCUUAUUACGAGAUCUGUGAUCGGAUCAGAUACAAUGGAUGGACUGUUGUCAAGGAUCCUUACGGACGCAUGGGUCCUUACGCAUACAAGGGUAACCAAUGGGUAUCAUUUGAUGACAUUCAUAUUAUCAAAAAGAAAAUGAAUUUCCUUAAGUCCUUGGAUCUUGCGGGCGGUAUGGUUUGGGCUCUUGACCUUGAUGAUUUCCAAAAUAGAUGCGGUCAGGGAAGACAUCCCCUCAUUAACGCCAUCAAGGACAGUUUACUUGACUCUAGUAUUAAUGAAGAAACACUUUUACCUGAUCCUAUUAUUGAACCAGGAAAUAAUAUCGAUAACGAUGUGGAUGACAUUCAAGUGAUUCCCCCCAAGACCACUACACAAAGACCUUCGUACAGACCGACUACACAAUGGACAACAAAACAAACAACACAACGGCCAGCCAUUACACCAAUUUUAACACAACGGCCCUCAUAUCGGCCCACAACUCAAAGGCCAACACAGUGGAAUGAAAUAUUCCAUACGACGAAGAGACCAGUGACCACAGUCAGUACGAUUUUGGAGGAACGAUACAAAGUUAUUUGUUAUUACACCAACUGGGCUUGGUACAGACCGGGCCCUGGAAAGUUCACUCCGAGUGACAUUGACCCGUCAUUGUGUACCCACAUAGUGUACGCAUUCGCAGUUCUUGAUACCAAACGACUUGUAAUCAAGCCACAUGACAUCUGGUUGGAUGUUGAAAACAAAUUCUAUGAGAAAGUAGUUGCCAUGAAGAGCAAGGGUGUUAAAGUUGUCCUUGGAUUAGGUGGUUGGGAUGACUCGGCGAGUGACAAGUAUUCACGAAUGGUGAAUAGUGCCUCUGCGCGAAGAAAGUUUGUUGUACAUGUUGUUGAUUUUAUUGAACAAUUUGGAUUCGAUGGAUUGGAUCUGGAUUGGGAAUUUCCUAAAUGUUGGCAAGCUAAUUGUGAAAAGGGUCCAAAAUCUGACAAGCAAGGAUUCGCUAAUUUGGUAAGGGAGUUGCAUACAGCUUUUAAACCUCUAGGACUACUGCUUUCUGCCGCAGUAUCUGCCAGCAAAACUGUUGUUGAUCUUGCAUACGAUAUACCAACACUAUCUAGAAAUCUUGAUUGGAUUUCGCUAAUGACGUAUGAUUAUCACGGUCAAUGGGACAAAAAGACGGGCCACUUAGCUCCAAUGUACGCACGCAGUGGUGAUGAUGACAGCACUUUGAAUACGAACUUCACGGUACAUUACUGGAUGAAUAAAGGAGCGUCACCAGAGAAGCUUAUUCUCGGUGUACCAUUCUACGGUCAGUCUUUCUCUUUGGUUGAAAAUGCUGGUACAGGACUUGAAGUUGAAUCUUACGCAGGUGGAGAAGCUGGAGACGAGACUAGAGCUAGAGGAUUUUUAUCCUUCUAUGAGAUAUGUGAACGUGUUAGAGUAAAUGGCUGGUCUGUUACCCGAGAUCCUGGGGGUCGUAUGGGUCCUUAUGCCAGUUUUGAAGACCAAUGGGUGUCUUUUGAUGAUGACUUUAUGAUCCGACAUAAAGCCGAAUAUGUUCGUGCCAUGGGUCUUGGAGGUGGUAUGGCAUGGGCUCUUGAUCUUGAUGACUUCAGUGGCAGAUAUUGUGGCUGUGGAAAAUCACCCCUAUUGGCCACCAUGAAUUAUGUGCUUCGUGGUCUUGAACAACCUCCAAGGUGCUCUCUCGAAGAUAUACAAGCACCAGAUAGUCCCAAUGUGCCCAAUAUUCCAGACGUACCAGAUAUUCCUGAUACUCCGGAUAUUUCUGAGAUUGAAGAACAAGAAGUUGAUGUAAUUGAGUCAAACCCAGAACCGGACAUAAACCCAGAAGAGAUUCCUAUAAAUCCAAUGGAAGACACGGAGACAGACACCGACUUCAGUAGUCCAAGCCUUGAAGGCACGUCAUGUACGGGCACUGUAUUUAAAGGAGACUAUUUAGACUGCAGCAAGUAUUACUUGUGUCUUAACGGGAACUGGGUGGAACUCAAAUGCCCCGAACCCCUGCAAUGGGCUCAGAAUCAUUGUGAUUGGCCCGAGAAGGCCCGUUGCAAGGCGAAAGCAUCUUUGAGGCUCACAGGGGAUAUCGAUUUGCCAGAAGUGCCGAUAGAGGUCAAGUCCAUCGUAGGAUGUUACUUCACCAAUUGGGCAUAUUACAGGCCAGGCAAAGGACGCUACGGACCAGAACAAUUGGACGAACCUUCUACUCUCUGCACACACAUCAUUUACGCCUGGGCACAUCUCGAUGGCGGAACUUUUAAAAUAGUACCAGGCAACCCAGAAUUGGAUAUAGAAAAUGAUUUCUACGGCAAGCUGACUCAGCUGCGUCAGACAGGAAUAAAAAUUAUUAUAGGUGUUGGAGGCUUAACCAAUUCUGAAGAUAGCAAAUGGAGCGAGAUGGUCGCAAGCUCUGAAAAUAGAAAGAUCUUCAUAGAAUCAGUAUUGAAAUUCAUUCGACGAUGGCAAUUUGAUGGUGUUCAGAUUGCUUGGCAAUAUCCUGCUUGUAAACAGCCCCCUUGCACAACAUCUACCAUCGAUAUCACAGAAAGAGAUAACUAUGGUGAAUUACUGUUUGAACUUUCAAGGAUACUGAAACCGUAUGGUUUGGAGUUGUCAGCAAUGGUAUCAGCCCAACCAGAAAUAGCAGCAAUAGCAUAUAAGGCAAAUAUUUUAACUACUGAAUUAGAUUGGGUAUCCAUUGCUGCAAACGAUUAUUACGCUACAUCUACAGGAAAAACAGCGUUAUUGUCACCUCUCAAGUCUACUCAUGAUAUCAUCAGCCGUAGCUUGAAUGCAACUUUAUCAUACUGGACAAGUAUAAUGCCUCCGCAACAACUCGUCCUGGGAGUACCAGCUUAUGCACGCUCUUACACAUUGAGAAGUUCUUCAAACAGUUUCCUUGGUGCGCCUGUGACCGGACCGGGAGAACCUGGACCCUACACUAAAAUACCUGGCUUCUUAUCAUAUCAGGAGAUUGCCGAAGGACUCUCAUCGAGUGAUUGGAAGGAAACUACAACGCCAUUAGGUACCUACAGUGUGCACGUUGAUCAGUGGGCAUCAUACGUAAGUAUGAAUGAAGCUCAAGGUGCUGGCGCUGCGAUACAGCGAUCAGGUUGCAGAGGAGUAGCGUUGUGGGCUCUGGACUUGGAUUCAAGGUCUAAAUGCUCUUUACUCACUGCUCUAAGACGUGGUCUCUUUGAGCCAGAAUUAGAUCUGGAAACAUGUUCAGUCUUGUAA